AUGGAAUAUUCAUGGACGAGACACACGCGAGAAACAUCAGCAGUGAUUCUAGAUUUGCCGGAUGAGUUACUGGUCAGGAUUAUCAAGGCUGCAAUCCUGCCUCGGGGCGAUUCUUGGCCAAAGUCCCUGAAGAGGAAGCAGUAUGACAAGGACAUGAUCGCAAUUCUGGCGUCUGUUUGUCAGCGGUUCGCGUGUCUGGCUGUCCCAUUCAACUACCACUCAAUACGAUUUGAGUGGCCGACAUUCGUGGCUCCCCCAAGCCGCCGGGUAAGGCUGCUUCGGGACACUCUCCUGAUCAACCCGUCACUCGGCCACUAUUGCCAAGAGUUCUGGUUCUAUAUAUCAGAUUUCACGACAAACGUCUCACCUGCCGAUUUCUACGUUCUGAUAGAUCUCAUCGGAUUACUUCCUGAUGUCAAAGUGCUCGGGAUCCAUGGGGGGUUUUCCUUGGAGCAAGGCGAAUAUACCUGGGAAUCGAUUCGAAAUUGUGUUCAGCUUAUGCGAAGGCUCGAGUACCUGGUCCUGAGCAGAGAAGCCUUGGCAGGCCUCACGUUGGGUCCCAUAAUGAAAGAACUGCAGAUUCCAUCUUUGCGUAAAUUGAGAGUCGAUGGAAUAUCGCAGUCUGAUUCCUGGCACUCGGAGAACCUUGAGGAGGCCGAUUUCACGGAGCUCGACCUGUCGGAUUAUCGGGAAACCGCCGAAGCAUUGGCAUGUUUACUCAAAUGGCCCAGAAGACUGACUCAUUUUCGCUUGGGAAGCUACUACAACAACACAAAUUAUAUUGACCUACCCAUGUUCCGCCCGAUGCUGCUUCGACACCGAGACUCGCUCGUCAAACUCGACAUAGGAUACCUCGCCCCAACAGGUCGGGGAACACUCCUUGACUUGUCCGACUUCAAAGCACUUAGGGAGUUGAAAUUGUCCCGGUGGCAGAUUGGCCCGUCAGGAGCGCGGGGAAUGCUUAUUCUGGAAUUUAAGCCGGGAGAGGUAGAGCUCCUCCUUGCUCCGAAGUUGGAGAAAUUCACUCUCAGUUUUGCGCUCUGUGAGAAGAACAUGGUGUCUUGGUCAGACUUCGGGCAUCAGGAGCAGUACUGGCUGCAAUGUUUCAUGGAAAUCGCGUUGGCUAAGAGGUCAUCUCUGAGAGAAGUCUUGGUUCUUUUCAGUCCUCACAAUGGAGAUAUCACAGCAGAUACAUAUCCUUGGGACCGAAUCAUAUCCUUACACAACGCGUUCGAGCCAAGAGGGAUUAUAGUAGCACACAGCCCGCCUUCGCUUUCACGAGAGGAGUGGAUGAAAGAGGCUCUAUGA